AUGCUCAAGCGCAAGCCGUACCCGCGCACCAAGCCCCUCAUUUCGGAGCGCAUGUUGAAGCACAUGGUUGGUCAGUCCAUCUUCCAGUUGGCGGUGAUUCUCACCAUGACGUUUGCCGGGGACAAGAUCUUCGGCAUUGAUUCGGGCCGCAAGUACGACCGCAAGCCGGUUGGCGCGACCGGACCGUCCGUGCACUACACGAUGAUCUUCAACACGUUCGUGUUCCUGCAGCUGUUCAACGAAAUCAACGCCCGUCGCAUCCACGACGAGCUGAACGUGUUUGAAGGCAUCCUGACCAACCACAUCUACCUUGGCAUUUCGGUGGUGCAGUUGGUCUUGCAAGUGUUGAUCAUCGAGUUUGGGUCGCUCGUGUUUGGUUGCGUGCCGUUGGAUCUGACCCAAUGGUUUAUCUGCAUCGGCCUCGGCUCGCUUUCGUUACCGGUGGGCCUGUUCCUUCGUUGCAUCACCCUUCCUGCCAGCUUUACGAUGUGCCAGGAAACCUCGGUUGUCGAGAACGUCCCCAGUGCCCGCACCAAGACAUUGUGGCGUCGAAGUUUGAAGCGCCUGCAGGUCCAGAUGCGUGUGGUGAAGGCGUUCCAGAAGUCAGUGACACAACAAAAGGGUCUGCAUUAG